AUGGCCGCAAGGUUGCAGGGUCCACGUCCGCUUGUCCUGGGCCUACUGCUGUGCAUGCUUAGCGCCAUGGGGUCUCAAGGCGGGAAGCUGCUGGUGAUCCCGAUGGAUGGCAGCCACUGGCUCAGCAUGGUCAGUGUCGUCCAACAGCUGCAGCAGAGGGGACAUGAAGCAGUUGUAGUGACCCAUGAGGCAUCUGUGCUCAUCAAGGAAGACACAUUUUACACCUUGAAGAGGUACCCUGUGCCCUUCCAAAAGAGGGACUUGGAAAUGACUUUGGUCAGUCUUGGGCGUAGUGUUUUUGAGACAGCGCCCUUUUGGCAGCAAGUGGUCGAAAUAUACAAGAGAAUCAAAGAGCAUGCCAGUAUGUUGUUUUCUGCUUGUUCUCACCUACUGCACAACAAGGAGCUCAUGGCCUCCCUGAUGGCCGGUGGCUUUGAGGCUGUGUUGACAGACCCCUUCCUUCCUUGUGGCCCCAUUGUGGCCCAGUACCUAUCACUGCCUGCUGUGUUCUUCUUGAAUGGCUUGCCAUGCAGCUUGGAUUUUGAUGGCACCCAGUGCCCCAAUCCACCAUCCUAUGUUCCCAGGUCUCUGUCUGUGAACUCAGAUAGCAUGACCUUUCUCCAUCGGGUGAAGAACAUGCUGAUCGCCUUCACUGAAUCCUUCAUGUGCAGUAUGGUUUAUUCACCAUAUGCGUCAUUAGCCUCUGAAGUCCUUCAGAAAGACAUGACUGUCCAGGACAUUUUGAGUUUUGGGUCUGUCUGGCUGCUCAGACGUGACUUUGUAAAGGAUUACCCCAGGCCUAUCAUGCCCAACAUUGUUUUUGUUGGUGGGAUCAACUGCCUUCCCCAAAAACCACUAUCCCAGGAAUUUGAGGCCUAUGUGAAUGCUUCCGGGGAGCAUGGGAUUGUGAUUUUCUCCUUGGGAUCAAUGGUGUCGGAGAUUCCAGAGAAGAAGGCAAUGGAAAUCGCGGAUGCUUUGGGAAAAAUUCCUCAGACGGUGCUGUGGCGGUAUACUGGGAACCGGCCAUCUAAUCUCGCGAAGAACACAGUGCUUGUCAAGUGGCUGCCUCAGAAUGAUCUGCUCGGUCAUCCGAACACGCGUGCCUUUAUCACACACGCUGGCUCACACGGUAUUUAUGAAGGAAUAUGUAAUGGAGUGCCAAUGGUGAUGAUGCCCUUGUUUGGUGAUCAGAUGGACAACGCGAAGCGCAUGGAGUCCCGGGGAGCAGGAAUCACCCUGAAUGUCCUUGAAAUGACUUCUGAUGAUCUGGAGAAUGCCCUAAAGAAAGUCAUCAAUGAAAAAAGCUACAAGGAGAACAUCGAGCGCCUCUCCAGACUUCACAAGGACCGCCCUGUGGAGCCUCUGGACCUGGCUGUGUUCUGGGUGGAGUUUGUGAUGAGGCACAAGGGAGCACCACACCUGCGCCCUGCAGCCCAUGACCUCACCUGGUACCAGUACCAUUCUUUGGAUGUCAUCGGCUUCCUGCUGGCCAUCAUGCUGGGGGCCACCUUCAUCACCUUUAAAUGCUGUGUCUUUGGCUGCCAGAAGUGCUUUGGGAAAAAGGGGCGUGUUAAGAAAACCCACAAAUCGAAGGCACAUUGA